AUGUCCCAAGGAGGAGGAGGAGCACGCAAAGCUGCCAAGCCCCAGGACCAGGGAUGGGCAUGGAUGGUCCUGCUUGCCGCAGCGCUGCUGCAGGGGCUGACGCUGGGCUUCCCCUCCUGUAUCGGUGUCUUCUUCACGGACCUCCAGCACGAGUUCCAGGCCAGCAAUAGCGAGACGUCGUGGUUCCCCUCCAUCAUGGUGGCCCUGCUGCACGGAGGCGGGCCCCUCUGCAGCAUCUUGGUGAAGCGCUUUGGCUGCAGGUUCGCCGUGAUGCUGGGAGGCCUGCUCAGCGGCGUGGGCAUGGUGGCCAGCUCCUUCUGCAACUCCAUCAGCCAGCUUUACCUAACGGCCGGCCUCAUCACCGGUCUGGGAUCAUGCUUCAGCUUCCAGGCAGGAGUGACUGUGCUGGGCUACUACUUCGUACGGUGGCGAACGUUGGCCAAUGCCAUCGCAUCCACUGGCGUCUCUCUUGGUUUCACGCUGUGGCCGCUGCUUUCUCAAUACUUGCUGGAUGAGAUGGGCUGGAGAAACACUUUUCUUAUCUUUGGAGGAAUACUAUUGAACUGUUGUGUUUGUGGAACCAUCAUGAGACCGGUUCAGCUUGCAUCAGGGUCACUACUACAGUCACCCAAGCCUGGAGAGGAGGCAGGGAGAAGAGCAGAAGAGGCGCAGCUGUCCAACGGAGCAUCUUCUCCCCACCCCGAGCUCCAGCAGCAGACCAGAAGGACUGCAUGCUUCCAGAUGCUGCAGAAGUACCUGGCUUUUGACAUCUUCUGUCAAAACAAAGGUUACCAGAUUUACACUAUUGGAGUGACCUGGAUGAUGAUGGGGUUUGCAUUACCCCAUGUCUACCUUGUGCCUUACGCCAUCCAGAACGGGGUGGAGGAGCGCAGGGCGGCCCUCCUCAUCUCCGUGAUCGGGUUCAUCAACAUCUUCAUACGCCCUCUGACGGGGCUGCUCUCAGGACACCGAGUCUUCACAGGGAGACGCAUCUACCUGUUCAGCCUGGCUGUGCUCCUCUGCGGGCUGAGCAAUUUCAUUUGUGUCAUUUCAGCUGAGUUCAGCGUGCUCAUCAUCUACUGCGUCAUCCUCAGUAUAGCCAUGAGUGGCACUGGGGCACUCGUCUUCCAGGUGUUGAUGGAUGUGGUGGAGAUGGACAGGUUCUCAAGUGCUCUAGGGCUCUUCACCAUCCUGGAGAGCAUCACACUCCUCAUCGGACCGCCUCUCACAGGUCUCUUGGUGGACAUAACUAGUGAUUUCCACUAUGUCUUCUACAACUCCAGUUUCUUCCUGAUAUCAGCUGCAUUAUUCAUGGGGCUCAGCUUCUGUGCUCUGGAAAAAAAAAACAAAUUGAAAGAGGCUUCAAAAGUACCUUUGGAUAAUCCCUCCAGGUAUCAAUACAAUGAAAUGUCAACUGAACCACAGUCUGAAAGUCAACCUCCUCCAGCAGUCGUGUACAUCACAAGCAUAUGAAAAGAAAG